AUUACACAAAAUCCUCAAGUUGUUCAGACCAUCUUUGGUGCAGAAUCCACCUCGAUGCAUAUAUUUGUGGUAUUUAGGAGCGUUUAAACCUGGGUAACUCAUUUCUCCAAGCUUGUAGGAAGAGGAGCAGCACAGCUGGAUUUGGAUGGUGAUGCUCUGACGACCGCUGCAUCCCUCCAGCAGAUCUCUGCCUGCAGAGAGAAAUGCUCAUCAGCGGUUGCGUGGCAUCCUCUUUUUGGGGUGACAUGUUGUAAAGACCCCAGGGCAUCAGCCAGGUGACCCUCAAGCAGAUCUGAGGAGAACAGCCAGGAUGCCACAUCGCACCAUUCAUCUCUUCCGGAAGGGACUUCGGCUUCAUGACAACCCAACACUGCUGGCCGCGCUGGAGUCCUCGGAGGUCGUCUACCCUGUCUACGUCCUGGACAGAAAGUUCAUGACAUCCGUGAUGCACAUAGGGGCCCUGCGGUGGCAUUUUCUGCUGCAGUCCCUGGAGGAUCUCCAGAAAAACCUGUGUCAGCUGGGCUCUUGCUUGCUGGUUAUUCAAGGAGAGUAUGAGUCUGUUCUUAGAGACCAUAUCCAGAAGUGGAAAAUCACACAAGUGACUCUGGAUGCGGAGAUGGAACCGUUUUACAAGGAAAUGGAGGCCAACAUACGACGUCUGGGGGAAGAGCUGGGCUUUGAGGUGCUUUCCCUGGUGGGCCACAGUCUGUACGAUACCAAACGGGUUUUGGACCUGAACGGUGGGACUCCCCCGUUAACAUACAAGAGGUUCCUUCACAUUCUGUCUCUGCUGGGCGAUCCUGAGGUGCCUGUCCGAAACCUUACGGCCGAAGACUUCCAGAGAUGUAGCCCCCCUGACCCGGGCCUGGCUGAGCAUUAUGGGGUGCCUCUCCCUGUGGAUUUGAAGAUCUCCCCGGAGAGCCUUUCCCCCUGGAGAGGAGGGGAGACCGAAGGGCUCCAGCGCCUGGAGCAACACUUGACUGACCAGGGCUGGGUGGCAAGUUUUACUAAACCGAGAACAAUCCCAAAUUCGCUGCUUCCAAGCACCACGGGCCUGAGCCCCUAUUUCAGUAUGGGCUGUCUGUCAGUUCGCACCUUUUUUUAUAGGUUGUCAAACAUUUAUGCUCAGGCCAAGCAUCACUCUCUGCCCCCAGUGUCACUCCAAGGGCAGCUUCUGUGGAGGGAAUUCUUCUACACGGUGGCAUCAGCAACACCAAACUUCACCAAAAUGGCUGGGAACCCCAUCUGCCUUCAGAUCAGUUGGUACGAGGAUGCAGAGAGGCUCCACAAAUGGAAAACGGCACAGACGGGGUUCCCGUGGAUCGAUGCGAUUAUGACCCAGCUGCGCCAGGAAGGCUGGAUCCAUCACCUUGCUCGGCACGCUGUCGCCUGCUUCCUGACACGGGGGGACCUGUGGAUCAGCUGGGAAGAGGGCAUGAAGGUGUUUGAAGAGCUGCUUCUAGAUGCUGACUACAGCAUCAACGCAGGGAACUGGAUGUGGCUGUCGGCCAGCGCGUUCUUCCACCAGUACACACGCAUCUUCUGCCCCGUCCGCUUCGGGAAGCGCACGGACCCCGAGGGGCAGUACAUCCGGAAAUACUUGCCUGUACUAAAGAACUUCCCUUCUAAGUAUAUCUACGAGCCCUGGACGGCAUCUGAUGAGGAGCAAAAGCAAGCAGGGUGUAUCAUAGGUCAGGAUUACCCCUUCCCAAUGGUGAACCACAAGGAAGCCAGCGAUCACAACCUGCAGCUGAUGAAACAGGUCCGAGAGGAACAGUCCCGAACAGCCCAGCUCACCAGGGAUGAUGCAGAUGACCCCAUGGAAAUGAAGGUAAAGCAUGGCCACGCUGAAGAAAACGGAUCAAAAGGAAAAGUGGCCAGGAUGACAGAACAAACUGAGAUCCCAUCAGGGAUCUCCCCAAAUGGCAAAAGGGGAGAGCCAGAGGCCAGCUGAACUGGACAAGCUGUACUCGCUGCUUUGCCCCACAGGUGGUGCCUCUUGUUUGUGAACUGACCUCCAGGGAAAGCGUUGCAUCUCGAAUGUGUUUGUGAGCGCAGUUGUUUUGAAUGCAAUUGCCUAUCAAGCUGGUUGCUGUAGCUGCUGGGUAAAUUCAGGCGGUGACCGGUUUUGACAGGGCCCGACGCCGUGGUGGUGUUCAAACCCUCUUGAUGUCCAUGCAUCUGUACGAAUAGUUCUAGAGAGAAAUCCUGUUCUUUCCAACAUGCCAGGUAAUGCCAGUCGAAGAACAUACGGACAUUAAUGUGAUCGCACACUAGCGUUAAAAGCUUGAUUCGCCUGUCUCAUAAAGAGGCAGAGGUUUAGGGGUUUUCAGGUAUGUUUUUUACGUUCAUGGUUUGUGCUUGCGGUCCCCGGCACAGCAGAAUGCAGUCCGUUGUGAGGUUGUGUGUAGUCCUUAUGACUUAAAUGGCACUUCUUAUGCAUUUUAAGGGCAACAUUGCAAAAUGUCUUGCUGAAUUAGGGCUGACGUACAACUUUCUUCACCAUAACUCUCCUUCUUGGCUAAUUCCUCUAGAACUGUAGGGUAGAUACUGUUUCUACCAUGUACCCCAUGUAAAAAUUGAAGUGUGGAUUAGUCCAGAAAGGCUGGAUUAGUCAAUUAUCUUU